AUGCGCCGCCACCUGACCUCGCCGCCGCCAUCCUCGACCGCGGAGGCGCUGCCUGCGUCGGCGGCGGCGGAGGCACCGAUCGCGGCGUUCGCGGUGUCCAAGGGGGGAGUCGUGCUGAAGAACAUCUUCCUCAACGCGCCUCCGUCGCCGCUGCCGGAGGAGGCGCUGAGGGGACGGGGUGGGGUGGAGGAAGAGGAGGAGGAGGAGGAUCCGCCGGUGAUGUUCGGGCGGCAUCCGGAGUGCCAUGUCCUCGUCGACCACCCCAGCGUCAGCAGAUUCCACCUCGAGGUCCGCUCCCGCCGCUGCCAGCGGCGGAUCACCGUCACCGACCUCGCCUCCGUGCAUGGGACGUGGGUCUCGGGACGAAGGAUCCCACCGAACACGCCGGUGGAGCUGACCGCCGGUGAUAUACUGCGGCUUGGAGGCUCCAAGAGGGAGUACCGGCUUCACUGGCUGUCUCUCCAGGAAGCAUUUGACAUGGAGGAUCUGCUACCACCGCUUCUUGAGGAUGAUAAGGAGGAGCUCCGUACUUGUCAGGAGACAAGUCAAGUUGUGUAUGAACAAAUUGAUUUUCCAGUUAAAGUGGUUCCCUCAGCACCACCUAUGACUGAGCUUGCCAAUUUCUUUGCUCUGGAAGAAUCUUCAGUUCCAGAAUUUGAUGACAGCAGAGAGGGAAGGAUUGAAAAUUUGAUUGACGAGAACCCUGUUAUAGAUUCUUCUGACUAUUCAAUUACACAGCCAAUGCCUGCCACAGCGGCAGAUGCUGGAAGAUCAGUCAAGUCAGAAAAAAAGGACACCUCAAUUGCCAUGUCCCGGAGGACCAAGUUAAAGUCAGUCAAAACUCUCCGUAUUGACACAGGCAGAAGCAAGGAAAGAAUUACUCCUUUGAGCUACAGCUAUCAGAAAGAAGAAAAGCAAAAUGAGAAUCCUAUAUGUUCUCAAAACUGUGGGAUAGAAUGUGAGGCCUGCAUGGUUUUGUUUAAUAAUUCUUAUGUCAGAGAAGCUGAAGAAAAAGAAAAUAUUAUUUUAGAUAAGGAACCCCCGAACCUCCUUAUCUUGGACAGAAUUAUGAUGGAGGAGAAUCAGGAAGAGACACACCAUCUAAAAUCCAAAGAGUUUGUACAUUAUGUUGCCCCUCUGAAUUUGGAGUAUGAAACUUUUUCAGAUAAGGAAAACUUCGUGCUGAGUAUUCCUAAGGAGAUGGAGCAUAAUGAUUUUUACUCUGAGAAUAGUAUCCCACAAGAUUCAGUUUGUGAAAAGCCACAGAAGAUAUCAGAGCUAUUGCGUUCUGUUUCCCCUCUAGCUAUCAAAGACAAUAAUUUCACUGACACCAGAAUCCCAUCCCUUGGUGCUGUACGUAUUGAAUCAUCUGAGCCCAUCUUAGAAAAUUCAUUCAUGCAAGACAUAUUUGGUGAAAAUACUAACAAUGACAAGGACAGAGAGCAUGAUGGUUUCACCCUUCUUAACUUGGAUGGGACUCUCACAAGCAAUGAGAAUUUGGCUCAAAGUAAGAUUUUUGUGGCUCCUGAGGACUCUGAAUUUGAAGGCACAAUUAGUGAGAAUCUACUUGAAAAUUCAGAUAUGAAAGGAACUGAAGUAAAUGAAGAGAGCAGUCCAUUCAGCAAGGAGAACUUCACCCCCUAUGCCUCAGGUGACAUGAUAGUGGAGAGAAGUCAACUAAGGUUGAAACCUACUACCAUUUCCCAAGAAUUGAUGGAUUCCAUAUCUCCUCUGAAUCUCGAACAUGACAACUUUUCAGAUAAUGAAAAUUCAAUGUUGAGCAUUGGAAAACAAACGAAUUCAAAUGAACUUAUAUCCAAGGAUCGUAUCCCAUUAAUUUCAGUUGAUGCAAAGUUGCAGAAGAGCCAUGCAGAGUUUAUGCCCAUUUCACAUCUAGAUUUCAAAGAUGGCGUCCUUACAGACAAGGAAAAUGGGCUUUAUCUUGAAAAAUUUGAUACUGUAUCCCUUGUGACACAAGGAAACCCGUUCCCUGACAAAGACAAUGUGACACCAGCCUCCAGGGAUCUCAAGCCCAUCAGUGGCAGGAAGGUUCUUGGAACAAGGUUGGAUAAUUCACUGUCUGUAGAAUCCACUUCAAAUAGGAGGAUCCAUAGGCAGGAACCCAAUAAAUUAUCAGCAAAGUCCAAAGAUUGUCACACAGUAGAUGAUGAUGUGUUCUAUUCUGAUAAGGAGAAUUUGACGCCUAUAUCUUCCGGAGGCACUAAAGCAAGGAGAUUUCUUCCAAAGAGCCUUGCAGUGGAUGCAGACCAAGAUCAAGAGGCAUUCUGCUCUGACAAGGAGAAUUUAACGCCAUUAUCUUCUGCUCCUCAGAAAACAAAGAAUUUGUCUGAAAACCGCACACGAAUGGAAAGUGCGAUCACAAAGAAAAGGGUGGUUGAUAGGCUCCCUUUCCAGACACUCUUGUCGAAUUCUCCCUUAAGACACACUAGCUCUCUUGAUUGUGCCCAGGUUAAUCCUAGAGCAGUUGAUGUGGCAAUGAAGUUGGAGGGUGAACUGAACAAUGUUCCACUCAAAAAACAAGGACCUGAUAGGACCAGAGAAGGAAUGAAAGUCUGGACCAUGGUGGCUGAUACGGAUUGUCUUCUUGAUGAUGAAUCUAGAAAGUCCAUCAUGCUGCUAAGAGGCUUAAAAGGAACUCAAUUGGUCAUACCAAUGAUUGUGAUCAGGGAGCUUGAUAGCAUGAAACAGCGGGAGAGAUUGUUCAGAAUGUCAUCAAAGGCCACCUCCAUACUCCAAUGGAUCAAUGAGUGCAUGGAAAAGGAGAGUUGGUGGAUUCAUGUUCAGAGUUCAUCCGAGAUGCUUCCAGUAGCGCCAACUCCACCUGCAACCCCUACACCGCUGUGCAAUGAUGAAGAAAUAGAAAUAUCUGCUGGCACCUUUAAUCCAAUAGCCUUCUUCUCCCCAAGAAGUUUCACAGAUAUCGUGUCUCCAAAAACAGAAGAUCGCAUUCUUGAUUGUGCCCUCCUGUUCAACAAACUAAAAAGCAACCAGAACAUAGUCAUUCUGUCCAAAAGCAUUACACUCAAGAUCAAAGCUAUGUCGGAGGGAUUGCCUUGCGAGGGAGCAAAGGAAUUCAGGGAAACCCUUGUGAACCCAUGCUCCAGCAGGUUCAUGUGGGCAGCGAGCGCGCCAAGAGGGUCAGCCUGGUCGUGCCUGGACGAGACUACCCUGCAGGAGAACUACUACAACAGCCACCGUGGAGCCAGGAGGAGGAUCCCAAGAUCCAUGGAGUCUGCCAAGGGCCUGAAGCUGAUCCUGCUUCACAAUUCUCACUAUGGGCUGACGUCGACGAACUCCGUCGAGCAUAAGCCAUUGGCUCCAAUGGCAUCCUGGUGAACUGAAUAUGCCAUUUAUCUCAAUUCUGUGCCUGAUGCCGUUGUAGAUAAGGGUUUCUUCUUGCUAUGUGAUGAUAGUGUGACGUCACUGAACUUGUGAGGUGAAUUUUGACGGUGGUGGCGACGUUCUGUUGGUAUGAUUUCCAUGCCUAGUGAAAGUGUGGAAUAAACUCUGGAAGUAUGAACUGUGAUGUUGGAACAUGGAAUUUCUGUGUAGUCUCCAUUUCACACCAGUGGUGCUAUGUGUCAAAGGCAUCUUAUCUGCAUGUUGAUCCCAUCCCAUUAACUGAUAAAAUUGGUUCCAAAGCAACCCACAGGAUUGCUGCAACCUGCAAAGGCUCACAUGGAGGUGAUUAUGAGCCGGUUGGUGAGGUUCAGAUGUAUACUCAAGAACUCUGAAUUCUUUUGUUAUUUUAUCAGACUGUAGAUUCUGAGCAGAUAGCUGAACUGGAUUUAGCAAUAGAAUUGU